UUUCCUUAUCAAUAACCGCGUUUCUUCGUUCCAUUCCCCUCCCAAAACCCUUGACACUUUCCAAGGCCUCCAACUCAGACUCUCUCUCUUUCUCUCUCUCUCUAUGCACGUUUUCUUUAUUCAACUUGGUCCCCGUCACUGUGGAGUCUACGGCCUUGACCCAACUGAAAUAAAAAACAACGUCCGAAAUGCAAAAGAAGCGUCUGUGGCUUAGACAGAUACUAAAGAUCAAGUUAUGGAGGGGUUUUCAGGCGAAAAGUGAACCUGCGGUACUUCUGCCCUGAAAGAUGUUUUCAAAGCUAGAAUUUCAAAAGAGACUAUAGAAUGGUUGAUCAGAAUACUGAUUUGGUUGCCAUUGGUGUCUCAGUUGGUCUAGCCCUUGGAAUUUUGAUAGCUUCACUGGUAUUUUUUGGCAUAAGAUGGUACAAAAAGCGAGCUAAUCUUCGACGAUGUGCAAAUGAGCGUAGUACAAGUCCCACUCUUCCUAUACGCACAAAUGGAUUUGGUACAAGCACUGACUUUAGUGCAACUCUCACAAAUUCGAUAGCCAUACAGGGAUCAGAAAAGCCUCAAAAAGGUUCUCCUCGUUCUUGGUGGAAACAUCAGAAUAAAGAUCGUGUUGUUUCUACAUCAGGCAUACUUAGAUACUCUUACAAGGAUGUUCAGAAAGCCACACAAAAUUUUACAACUGUUUUGGGACAAGGGUCAUUUGGUCCAGUAUAUAAAGCGACGAUGCUUACAGGAGAAGUAGUAGCUGUGAAGGUCCUUGCUUCUAAUUCCAAACAGGGAGAGAAAGAGUUUCAAACAGAGGUAUCUGUGCUUGGAAGACUGCAUCACAGGAAUCUUGUGAAUUUGGUAGGGUAUUGUGUAGAUAAAGGACAGCAUAUGUUGAUUUACGAGUUCAUGAGAAAAGGGAGCUUGGCAAACCUCCUAUAUGGUCAAGAAGAACGGACUAUGAGCUGGGAUGAAAGGCUUCAAAUUGCUCUUGAUAUUUCACAUGGGAUUGAGUACCUGCAUGAAGGGGCAGUCCCACCCAUCAUACAUCGUGAUUUGAAGUCUGCUAAUAUAUUGUUAGACCAAUCAAUGAGAGCCAAGGUUGCUGAUUUUGGGUUGUCAAAGGAAGAGGUCUUUGAUGGCCGGAAUUCUGGCCUGAAAGGCACAUAUGGCUACAUAGACCCAGUGUACAUCUCAACAAACAAGUUCACAAUGAAGAGUGACAUCUACAGUUUUGGCGUUAUCAUCUUUGAGCUCAUCACAGCCAUCCAUCCACAACAAAACUUGAUGGAAUACGUAAAUCUUGCCUCAAUGAGUCCAGAUGGCGUUGAUGAAAUACUUGAUAAGGAACUUGUUGGAGAAUGCAGCAUUGAUGAAGUGAGGGGGCUUGCUGGUAUUGCUCACAAAUGCCUGAACAAAUUUCCAAGAAGGCGACCCUCCAUAGGAGAAAUUUCACAGGCUAUAUUGAAGAUAAAACAGAGACGCCUUGCUAAAGUAGAUACAAUGUCUUUCGCAAGCAGAGAUUACUCGCGAGCAGUGAGCCGAAUAGAGGAUCAACACUUGGAGUUGGGUAAGAUGGCCAGCUUGAGCAAGAAAGUGAGUGAAUGACCACAAAGUCUCUUUUUGUUUUUGUUCUUGUUUUCCUUCCCUGUUUUUUUUUUUUUUUCCCUCUCUAUCUCAUAUAUAUCUCGUUUUUCCCCUUUGUUUUCUUCUAGUAGUACUUAUGCUAGGAAUACACAAGUCAAAAAUGUAAAUGAAUGAAUGAGCUUCCUUUGGAAAAUGAGUAUUCAUUCUGUUUCCUGACUA